GUUCAUGUUGUAUUUUUGGAUGAGUAGCAAUGGCUUGAACAGCCGGCGAUCUACGCCUUGUCGCAAGCAGACGAUUUCAGUCUCCGUGAGAGAAGUCCAAAAAAUGGGUGCCUUUGGUCAGGCGGAUGCACUACUAGUGGUUCUUGUGGGCCUGCUCAGCGCACAGGUGUGGCAGAUCUAUACUAUUCGCAAUGUUGCCGACGACUGUAGAUGCGAUGCUACGAAUGCAGCAGGACCCACGGCACCCCCAUCUUCUCUUCGAGAUUCAUCGAUGCCGCCGAGAACAGCGACAGCACCUUCUGUAGCCCCCUCGAGGCCGGCGGCGAGUAGACAGGACGACGCAUUAUUGAGGGAGCUAAGCGAACUCACGAGGGAACCCGUUGCGUCACCACCUUCUUCUGCGGCUUCAUCAGUUAGUAGCGGAGUAGUAUCACAACCAAGUUCAGCAGCUAGCUCACCAGCGUCACUGCCGGUAGAGACGGGUAUGGGAGUGCAGCCUGCUGCAAAUAGCCUACUUGCAGGCUCAUCUGGAGCAGGGCCGCAAAGACACGGAUUAACAUUGAAACAGUAUUUGCAGCAAUAUCUUCCCCACGGCUUGGGAAUUUUCCUUGGCGUCGGCCGAAAUAGACUUCCAGGCGAGUUACUGCGAGAGUGGAGCACGUCACCAGGUGCUUGCUUUCUCUUGUAGUUUUAGUCGGGCCUUAUCAUGGGGACUGUGAAAUUUUUACCCUUGCUGUCUCCUAGAAUUCACCACGUCUUCGCAAGACCCGACUUGAGCACUAGAAGCAAGAGUUGAUGUUACAAAUCCUAUCUCGAAUAAAGACGUCUUCCUUUUCGCCCAGGUUUGUACUUGGUUGAUCCUUUUAUCCAUAUUUGGGCUGGUUACGAAGAUCCGGCAAAUCUAUCAGACGGCGAAAAUCAGAUACUGUUUGAGCAGUUACAGGCGGACCUGAAGCCACACGAAAAUCGCUAUUCUUUUGUGAGAGAUUUCUCUCACAGUUUCCUGGUCACCUAUAAAGGCACACCGGGAUCGCCUCCAACAAGCCUAUUGUACUAAUCAGUUUCAAAGAAUUCGAAACCGCAAGUUGUGAAAAAUAUCAGCUCAUUCUGGUAGGCUGCUCAUCCAAUUCCAAAUUGCCAGAUAGAUUUGUUCAUCUCCGCUGUGAUGUGACGUUUGAGGCUCCUGUUAAUGUGGUGAAAGAACUCCCUUUAGGUAUGUGGACAAUACGCAGACGAAGACAGCAAUAUUAAGGGAUCUCAGAGAUUGGUGGGAACUUGUAGCGCAGAACGGGAUAGCGGCAGGGCCGCAGUUUCAUUCGAAAACGGAGGUGAAAGCCGCAGUAGAAGAAUUCUGCCGGGAACGGAGCCUUGUGGCACAGGUUUUUUCUGACAACGAUACCUGGUUUAUCAUGAAACCCUAGCAUCCGGAUGUUUGAACGAGCUCUGUUUGCGUAUUGCGCGCGAACAUACGAAAAUGAAGAUACCAUCCCCGCUUUGGCUCCAUAAUGCCCAUCAAGAAAUGUUUAUUACGAUAACAAUCAUGCUCAGCAUUAAGGAACGCACCGCUGUCGCACACUCACUGAGAAUAGAGUUUCUUAACUUCGGGCCCUCAUUUGUUUGUCUGUGACUGAUGUUUGGAAAGCAUCGGGUAUUUCCUUCCAGGUAC